AUGCCUGUAUAAAUCUACUUUAAAGUCAGAUGUGAGACACAUUCAUCUCAAGAACUUAGAAUCGUUGGAGACAUUCAAGCCUUAGGCAUGUGGAAUCCAUUUAAUAGUCUGAUUUUGCACACCAAUAAUGAAAUAUACCCUUUUUGGGUAGGUUAAGUAUAUGAGGACCUAGAAUAAAAUACUUUGAUACAAUUUAAAGCAGUCAUUAUUGAGAGCGAUGAAAUUAUUUGGGAAUAGAGCGAAAAUAGGGCUAUAUAAAUCAGAUACUAAUCAUAGAGUGUCCUUUUUUCUUUUGGAGGUACAUUCACAUAAAUGGUGAAAAUCUAAUCAUAUUUUGAUUAACCAUCCGAUUCGGAAUCAGAAUCAAUUGAUAUAAAGGGGGCAAGGAAAAUUUAUCUCUAAGCUUCUAAGCAUCCUUAUGAUUACGAAUUCAUGAGUUCAGACUCUGGUAAAGACCUUGGCGAUCAUUCAAGUUCUAAAAAAUCAAGUCUAAAUUCUAAGUCUUCUAGUUUGGAAUAGUUGGACAAUUAAGAGACCUCUUAAACAAAAUUUGUUCAUAUUUCGAGUUUUAGAUUCUGA